AGGAACAGUAUAAAAACUGUCGAUCGUUAGUUAAUCUUCACAGUGAUCAUCAGUUCUUGCAACAGAAUGGGAUACGGAGCGCUCAAUGUGGUCUUGUUGGUUGGAAUUUUGUACGGCUCUAUCACACUGACAGCCGGCAAAUGUGGAGGUGUGUGUGUUAAAAUGGACGAGUGUAAUAACACUUUCGGAGGAGGUGAUAUCGUUGAUGUGAGAUAUGACAUUGAAGACUAUGAGCAAGCCGACUGCCCUCAUUACUUGGAGGUAUGCUGUGAUUUGGAACAUGUUGCAACGACUCGGGCACCGCCGAUUGAUGAGCAUGUUCAGGUGUAUGGUACAUUCGUUGUGAACGAAGGACCGAGGGAAAAAAGCUCCGAAGAAAUUAGGUUCCCGACAGAGCAACGAGGACAAUUCGGAGAGUGUGGAAUUAGAAACCCUGAAGGUAUCGCUUUCAGGCUUGCAAACUCCAAAUUCAAUGAAACCGAAUAUGGUGAGUUCCCGUGGAUGGUUGCUAUCCUGCAAGCAGAAGGAACCGAAGCUUCAACGUAUGCAUGUGGUGGAUCGCUGAUCGCGCCCAAUGUAAUUUUGACUGUUGCUCACUGUGUGGUAGAUAAACAAGCAAGUCAGCUAACCGCUCGAGCAGGUGAAUGGGAUACCAUGACCACCAAAGAAACACAUCCUCAUCAGGAACGCAAAGUAUCGUCGAUAAUUCUUCAUCCCAAUUUCAAUCGAAGGCUCCUUUUCCACGAUUUGGCCUUACUGGUGGUAGAAGAACCAUUCACUGCUGCAGAAAACGUGCAGCUUGCGUGUUUGCCACCGCAAGGAAUGAACUUUACCAGUGAAAAUUGUUUUGCCGCCGGUUGGGGAAAGACAGCAUUCGAUGCCAACAGCUACCAUGAAAUCCUCAAAAGAGUUUCUCUAGCCAUGGUUCAUCGAGCCCAAUGUCAAAAUGCUCUUAGAACUACAAGGCUUGGCUAUCGAUUCCGCUUGCAUGAGUCAUUCAUCUGUGCUGGCGGUGAGGAAGGCAUCGACACUUGCACAGGAGACGGUGGAUCUCCCCUUGUAUGCCCGGUUGAAGGCGUUGCGAACAAGUAUUACCAAGCCGGUAUUGUUGCUUGGGGUAUCAAUUGUGGUCAGGCUGGUAUCCCCGGAGUUUAUGUUCGUACCAGUUUGUACUCCAACUGGAUUGGUGACGAACUGACGAAACUCGAUUAUGUAUCUAUAGAUAAAAGAACCAACAUGUGGAACUGAAUAAAAUAAAAUUCUAUUUGUUUCAAAACCAAA